AUGGAGGGAAGCGGAGGAGGUUCUGACUUCCUGAAUCGCAGCAGGAGCGGCACGAAGCUGUUGGCUAGGAAAGCUCACAAGCCGACCGCGGAGGGCCAGGCCUGUCCCGAGUGCGGUGUGUGCGUCCGUCUCAUUGACUCAGGCCCCUCAAGUAACCCUGCCCGCACCCUGACCUCACAGCGCCUGCGGAGGAGAGCAGAGCCCCCUUCCAGUGGGCAGGAGGGGCCAGACAAGGACCCCUGGCGCCUGGCACAGGCGCUGCGCGACGGCGUCCUCCUGUGCCAGCUGCUACACAACCUCUCCCCCGGCUCCAUUGAUCUCAAGGACAUCAACUUCCGGCCGCAGAUGUCCCAGUUCCUGUGUUUGAAGAACAUACGUACCUUCCUCAAAGUCUGCCACGACAAAUUUGGCUUAAGAAACAGCGAGCUGUUUGACCCCUUCGACCUCUUCGACGUCCGAGACUUUGGCAAGGUCAUCUCCGCGGUGUCCAGACUCUCACUUCACAACUUGGCCCAGAACAAAGGCAUCAGGCGAGGUUUCCACAGGCGAUUUAACAUCCUGGGUGCCACCGUCGCUGACACAAAACACUCCUGGGCCCUCCGUGUGCGGGCGUCCUGCAGUGUUGUCAGUCCGCAAAAAGGGGCUGCUUCGGCUGCUCUUCUGUUUUGGAAGCCCACAGACGAAGCCGCAGCCCUGAAGAAUCCCCUCCUCGUUUCUUCUCCAGCUGGAUGGGAGCCCAACGGAGCGCUUUCCUAUGAGUCAGGAGUCUGCCUUCUUCCCGGCACGUGCCAAGUGCGGGGAGGAGCUGAGGUGCCUCAGGCCCGGAUCACCUGCAUCUGCAACGCCAGCAGAGGGUCACUCUCGGGAGAGUCAAGUUCCUAUGGCGGGAGACCAGGGGUGCUCCAGCCUGAGCUGCGGGAGAAGGGGGCGCCAGCCCUGUGGUCCAGCGUUGACCGGGAGCGGUUGUGCGCAGCCGGCUCAGUGCGCCGGGACAUGGAGUUUCUCCGUGAAGCGCAGCCUCUGACAACUUGGAACCUGAAGACGAGGCUCUGUGUGUCCACGAGAUGUUCCCUCCUGUGCAGCGAACAUGACGUGGGAGAGGACAUCUACGACUGCGUCCCGUGCGAAGAUGAAGGGGACGACAUCUACGAGGACAUCAUCAAGGUGGAGGUGCAGCAGCCCAUGAUUAGAUACAUGCAGAAAAUGGGGAUGACAGAGGACGACAAGAGGAGCUGCUGCUUGCUGGAGAUUCAGGAGACUGAGGCCAAGUACUGCCGGACCCUGGAGGACAUUGAGAAGAACUACAUGACCCCCCUGAGACUGGUGCUGAGCCCGGCGGACAUGGCAGCUGUCUUCAUCAACCUGGAGGAUGUCAUUAAGGUGCAUCACAGUUUCCUGAGGGCCAUCGACGUGUCCAUGAUGGCGGGGGGCAGCACUCUGGCCAAGGUCUUCCUGGACUUCAAGGAAAGGCUCCUGAUCUAUGGGGAGUACUGCAGCCACAUGGAGCACGCCCAGAACACGCUGAACCAGCUCCUCGCCAGCAGGGAGGACUUCAGACAAAAAGUCGAGGAAUGCACGCUGAAGGUCCAGGACGGCAAGUUUAAGCUGCAGGACCUGCUGGUGGUGCCCAUGCAGAGGGUCCUCAAAUACCACCUGCUCCUGAAGGAACUUCUGAGCCAUUCCACCGACCGGCCAGAGAGGCAGCAGCUCAAAGAAGCUCUGGAGGCCAUGCAGGACUUGGCGAUGUACAUAAACGAAGUUAAGCGGGACAAGGAGACCCUGAAGAAAAUCAGCGAAUUUCAGAGCUCUAUAGAAAACCUGCAAGUGAAACUGGAGGAAUUUGGCAGACCGAAGAUCGAUGGGGAACUGAAGGUCCGGUCCAUAGUCAACCACACCAAGCAAGACAGGUCUCCCGAGCACGGAUCACGAGAGGUGGCCCUGGCGGCACCAGCAGAGACCUCCGCUGAGGACACACCUCGGCGGGGGUGGUCCCGGGACGUGCUGGUAGAGGGGGUGCCUACACGUGCAUACAUGCACGCACAGGCACGUGUGCACACGCAGGCACGAGUACACACACAUACAGUGCACGUGCACACACGCGUGACUACGUGCACAGACAUGUGCGUGCACAGGCCCCAGCACGACUGUGUGUGUCCACGUGUCCACGUGCCAGAAGCCGUGCCUGUGGCCAGCGUGUCCCAUUUCCUCCUGCAGUGGUCCUAUGGCUUCUAUCUAAUUCACCUUCAAGGAAAGCAGGGCUUCCAGUUUUUCUGCAAGACGGAAGACAUGAAGAGGAAGUGGAUGGAGCAGUUUGAGAUGGCCAUGUCGAACAUCAAGCCCGACAAAGCCAACGCCAACCAGCACAGCUUCCAGAUGUACACGUUCGACAGGACCACCAACUGCAAAGCCUGCAGGAUGUUCCUCAGAGGCACCUUCUACCAGGGUUACCUGUGCACCAAGUGUGGCGUCGGGGCACACAAGGAGUGCCUGGAAGUGACCCCCCCCUGCAAGAGCAGUUCUCCUGCAGACCUGGACGCCUCUGGAGCAGGACCAGGUCCCAAGAUGGUGGCCGUGCAGAAUUACCACGGCAACCCCGCUCCCCCAGGCAAGCCGGCCCUGACCUUCCAGACGGGCGACGUGAUCGAGCUGCUGAGAGGGGACCUCGAGUCUCAGUGGUGGGAGGGUCGGCUGGUGCAAACCAGGAAGUCAGGUUACUUCCCGAGCUCAUCUGUGAAGCCCUGUCCCGUGGAUGGAAAGCCGCCCAUCAGCCGGCCGCCCUCCCGGGAGAUCGACUACACCGCGUACCCCUGGUUUGCCGGCAACAUGGAGAGGCAGCAGACCGACAACCUGCUCAAAUCCCACGCCAGCGGGACCUACCUAAUCAGGGAGCGGCCGGCCGAGGCGGAGCGCUUUGCCAUUAGCAUCAAGUUCAACGAGGAGGUGAAGCACAUUAAGGUGGUGGAGAAGGACAGCUGGGUGCACAUCACUGAAGCCAAGAAAUUCGAAAGCCUCUUGGAGUUAGUUGAGUACUACCAGUGCCACUCGCUCAAAGAGAGCUUCAAGCAACUGGACACCACGCUCAAGUACCCCUACAAGUCACGGGAACGCUCAGCCUCCAGAGCCUCCAGCCGGUCCCCAGCAGUGUUCACGCCCCGCGUCAUUGGCACGGCCGUGGCCAGGUACAACUUCGCCGCCCGGGACAUGCGGGAGCUCUCGCUGCGGGAAGGCGACGUGGUGAAGAUCUACAGCCGCAUCGGCGGGGACCAGGGCUGGUGGAAGGGCGAGACCAACGGCCGGAUUGGCUGGUUUCCUUCAACGUACGUAGAAGAGGAGGGCGUCCAGUGACAGCAAGUGUGCGGCUGGGACUUGCGGACUUUCUUGGAGGAGUUGCUCCAGCUCUGAAGUCUGCCUCUAGCCCGUGACUCGGAGGGGAGUUGCCCGCCAACCUUGCAGCCUUCCACAGCCUGUGGGGUGGGGGGUGCUUGAAGUCCUGCACAUGGACGGUCCUGCCAUCAGCCUGCCCCGGGCGGCCUGUCCUGGGUACGCUGCUUGUACAUAGAGGGGAUCCAGGCCAGCCCUGCUUGCCUGCCACCACCAGUGUGCUGAGGAGAGGGAGCACCAGUGGCACCCGAGCCGGGUGCUGGGUGACCGCUGAGGCCAGAGCGCACCUUGCUCCUGUCCCGUUGAGAUGGCCCUCAGGAGCCUAGGUCUGAAUGGCAGAUGCUGGUGGGGGAGGGCUGGGGACUGCAGAGGGGACCUUCCCCUGGCCCCUCCUGCUCAGGCUCUGGAUCCUCAGCCCUCCUGCUUCCUGCUCUCCCAGGGGGAGGCUUCAGGCCUUGAGAGGCAGAAGGGACCGCAGCCAGGCUGCGGCCCCUGCCCGGCCCCAGCUGUGCGUGGUACAGAGGAGGAGAGCGUGGUGAGGCCUGUGCGGCCCCCGACCCCCCAUGACCCUCUGCACCAGGGGCGUGCGGAGGCCCCCGGGGCGGGCCGCGCUCUCGGGGGGAGCCGGAGGGACGUCGCAGUUGCCGACCCUGCCCCCAGCCAGUGGUACUGCCCUUUGCCCCGCGUCCUCGGUGUGUCUGUCCUGUCCUGCUGCCAGGUGGCUGCUGCCUUUGUAACCCUGACGUGGGCGGGGAAGAAAGCGGGGUUCCCCCUCGCUCGGCCUCUGCUGCUCACCCGCCUCCCCCGGAGGAGGCUCCCCACUGCUCCCAGGCAGGCGGGCCCUCUGGGCCUCCCGUGUCCUGCAAGGUGGCCCCUGAGGGUCUCCCCAGCCUUUGCACAGAUGUUGGUUCUAGCCUUGGCAAGUUUCCUUCCAAGGGCUCCUGCCGCCCACGAAACGGGACCGUGGCCAGCCGAAAUAAGUGCUCUUGGGGGUGGCUCCACCCCCUGAACUCCCCCUCCUCACUCCUCCUGGCCCUUGACCUCUGACCCUGUUCCCUCUGCCCGGACGUUGCAUGAGACCCAGUGACCCUGUCUCCCCCGAGCUCCGCGCCAAAGCUGCGGUGAGACCCGGGCUCCGUGGCUCGCCUCCUCCCUUUGAUCAGCUGCACGAGACUGGGCGUCGUGAGGGCUGGAUCUUGCCGGCGUGGGCGCUGGUGGCCUCGCUGCGGCCGGGGGUUCCCCUGAGGUCGCUCACCCAGCCAGCAUCCUGGUGUGGGGAGGAGAUGGGGAGGGCUCUGAGAGUAGCAAGGAGGAGGGGAGGCAGCCCGUGACGGCUGGAAGUGAGGGUGACAGGACCGCGUUGGGGGCCGUGGGGGAAGAAGGGGAAGAAAGACUCUUCCCGGAGAGAGCAGGCCCGAACCCCUGUCAGCGGGGCGCAGCCAGCCCGGCUGGCCCGGCCGUGAGCCCGGGACGGGGGAGGAGGAAGCCGGCCUGCCUCUUGUGUUUACGGUUGUCAGAAAGGUUUUGCUUUGGUCUUUGUUGUUGGGUUCUGUUUGUUUCGUUUGGGGUUUGGCUUGUUUGCUUUUUAAGGGGGCAAAAAGGCUUGUGAUUAUUUCAUCCAAAGCUCCCGUUUUCUAUCUGUGAAUAAGAGGGAAGAGACUUUAUCAGGCAAGAGAUUAACGUAUGUUUGAGAUCAUCAGGAAACAAGGCGUCAUGGUAACGACACUGAGCAAACCUGAUUUGCAAGCCUGGUUCUUGUGAAUGUUUCGUUUUGUUUGUGUUCGUUCCGAAACCUGGGCUCGGUUUGCUCUGGUUUUGCCCUGCAGGGUGCGGGCGGGGAGGAGGGCUGGGCGGAGGCUGGGGCCCGGGGGGUUUUGGCAGGAGACGGGAGGCCCUCGGGGGGCUGCGGGCCGGGGCCUGAGGUCAGCUGUGAACACUUAGGAGCCCGAAGCAUGCGGGUCAGCGAUCUGGGGCUCCUGCAGCUGCUGGUGACCCCAAACAGAAUACAGACUGUACAUUUGCCAGUAGGUUUUUCAGAUCACGGUUUUUACUGCAAAUAAACCCGAACUCUUUUCUGCAAGA